AUGAAAGCAAUCUACUUCCUCGUUGCCUUGUUGGCUUUGACAUCCUCUGUUGCCUCUGCCUAUGACCCCAGCCCUCUGCAAGAUUUCUGUGUGGCAAUCAAUGACACCAAAAAUGGUGUAUUUGUGAAUGAAAAAUUCUGCAAAGACCCUAAUCUUGUGAAAGCUGAAGAUUUCUUCUUGCACGUGAAUCCUGGGAAUACCAAAAACCCACUUGGCUCAAAAGUGACUACUGUGACUGUUAAUGAAUUAGUUGGACUUAACACACUUGGCAUAUCCUUAGCUCGCAUAGAUUUUGCCCCCAAGGGUUUGAACCCUCCCCAUAUUCAUCCACGAGGCACAGAGAUCCUUAUAGUUAUUGAAGGUACUAUUUUGGUUGGAUUUGUAUCAUCCAAUCAAGAAAACAAUCGUCUAUUCACCAAGGUUUUGAACAAGGGUGAUGUGUUUGUGUUCCCAAUUGGUCUCAUUCAUUUCCAACUUAACGUGGGUUAUGGCAAUGCUAUUGCCAUUUCUGGUCUCAGCAGUCAAAACCCAGGACUUACCAUAAUUGCAAAUAAUGUGUUUGGCGCUAAUCCUCCAAUUUCUCCGGAUGUUCUCACCAAAGCUUUUCAGGUUGACAAGAGCGUAAUUGACAAACUUGAGAAGCAAUUAUGGUACAACAACAACUAA